AUGAGCGACCACGAAGGCGAUGGCUUUGACCUCGAAAGAUGGGAAGAAGCCAGUCUAGCUGAGAGUUCGGCGUUCUCAUAUGCAGGAAAUGCGGACGGUAAUAACGGACGCCUCUUCGCUAGUACGCCUGGACUGUUCCCCCCUGUCGUACCGCCACAGCUACGUAUAUCAAAUGGUUCUCAGACCAAUCUGCAGCGCGAUCGUCCGUAUGUAGCUCAGAGCACAGAUCAAAUUGUGAGUCAAAACGGGACGCAGAAAGGUCUCUUCGACCGGAUUCAAGACGGAGUGUUGAACGGUGCCCCAAGACCUUCUCAAACAAGAGUUCAAAAUGGCGCUGAACCUGGUUCAAUUGGUGCUGCUCAGCAUGCAACACUGAGUGGUCCGCGAAAUGGUGUGCAAACUGGGUUACAAAAUGAUGGAAUCAAUGCCACUCAUGCUGCUCGACUGACACCUGUCAGAACACCUGGUGGUGCUGUACCUCGAGAUCCUAAUGCUCAUGGACAUCGGCCGCCAAUGUCUGGUCGUCGACCAAAUGGUUCUCCAGUACACACUUCAGCAAUGGAAGAGCGUUUGAAAGGGGGGCCACCCAAUGGCCAAGUGCGUAACGCCACAUGGUUCAAGGGCGCUGCGGUUGACGGUCGAGCGGAACAUCGACAAGAACUUGAGUCACAGACAAAGCAGUUUGCACUGGCCCUGAAGUCGGCAAAUAUCAAAUACCCGAUCGAGGGUGGCCUGCUGUGGUCAAAGACGCUUGACGGCAAUGAAUUUUGUAGAGACAAUGCUGCAGCUCUCGACGAGAUACGACUUCAAUUCUCCUGCAAAAUCGAAUUCUGCCAGGUCCCUGGUGAGUUUUCCUGGAUGAAGAUUUGUGUUACGAAAAAGAAACACCUUGUCGUUGUCAUUUCCAGAAUCACAAACAUCGUCAGAGAGUAUGUCUCACGUUCUGAUCAGCUGGUCAAGAUGAACCUCAUUCGUUAUCCGAGUUUUGGGAUGUAUCGCGAGGAGGUAGGACUGCUUGAUCUCGAUCCAAAGACAAAGUCAUACCUCCCAACCUUGCAUGGUGCAUUACAUCCCAAUGAAGAGGAAUGGAAAUGCAAGCAGGUCGCGAAGCAUCUUGCCAACCGACGGAAGAUCAAAUCAGUCCUUGAUCGCACGCUGAAAUCCCUCGCAAUUUCACAAAGACAUGUUCGCAUGCGCUUGGUUUUCGGGGAACUGGGUUUCAUCCAGUUUCAAAAACCACCCAAUGGAGCCCCCUCUUACCAGUUUGAAGACUUCUACAAAAUGGUAACGCAAGGCCGCACAAAACUUAACUUGAACAAUGUCGCGGUUCGUCAGGGUCGGAUUGAAGAUCUUAGCGAUGUUAUUGACUCUCUUGACGCUUUCAUCUGCCCUGAGGUCACUUAUGGCGCAUACUUUGACUUCGCUGGUGGGGAUCAUGAACCAAAUUCUCUCAUUCGUCUGGACUGUACAUUCGGUACAAUUGGUGACGGCGCUGAUCACGAAAUCCAAGAAAUGCGAUGGCUUGUUAUCAACGAUGUCGUCGGCAGACUUCAACUGGCAAUGAUCGACUUCGAGCGUCCGGACUUCCAAUUCACAAUUGACGCAUUUCCACUAUACGAGAAUCGUAAAAGCAUUGGGGAACGACAAGCCUUUCAGACCAACGUUUCAUUCAAGCCUCACCCCCAAGGUCUCAAGGCACCUCCACGCAUGCGUGUCAAGGUCCCACCCACAACGGCCAAUCUUCGCGAGGUCUCAGAGAUCACCACGAUGAGAUGGUGCUUCAAGGAGACCGAUGGUGUUUUCGAACUCCGAAGAAAAGACAUUUAUGAGUACAACACUAGCAAGCGAGCUGGCAUUCUUCGACGCUCCACUUGGCAUGCCGUGUACUAUUAUCCUGAGUGGGACAACCUGAUGGGUCAGUUCGGCUCUGUCAGACCGGGACAAGUUGUCGAUUGGGAGAAAUCUAUCAUGACAUUCUUUCCAGAAGACGAGGAUGCCAGUGGUCUGGCGUUGCCCAAGGGCUUCAAGGGAUUUAUGGCCGAGGUUGAUGAGGUCCAGGAACUCCUGGGUGAUGCUAUUCGUCAGCUUGCUGUGAACUCUCGAGCUGCGGAAAGCAGUGGAGCCAACGGAACGGAGCAAGCGACCGAAGAAGACAGAGCAUCGUCGUCCUAA